UGGUUUCGCAGUUGCUAGUAAGUGGCGGAAGUUAUCUUCUUAGUUUAGAACAGGUAAGUAUGAGUAAAAACGACGAAAAAGAAUCAGCAAAGCAAAAAGAGACUAAACAAAAAACAGAUAAAAAAAAUCCUACUCAGGAGACUCUUGAGAAAAAGAAGUUAGAAAAUGAAAAUCCAGAAAGGUUAAAAAAACUGGAAGCAGAAAUUACUAACUUAAAAAAUGAUAAAUUACGGCUAGCAGCCGAAAUAGAAAAUGAAAGAAAAAAUUUUCGGCGGCAGAUGGAACAAGUGUAUAAAUAUAUGGAAGAGAUUGAAAAUGAUAAUUUACCAGAAGGAACCAUUACUGAGGUAUCAGAAAAGGGUUAUUUAUUUGCUGACCAG